AGUGUGGCGCCCUCACGCGGCAGGUAUAAGUUUCAACAUGGCUCCCUAGCAACCAGACUUCCUACCUGGAUACCGACAUGAUGCCAAACACCGCUGAACUGAGACGAGCCGGAGAGUUUGUGUGUUAUGCAAUUCGUCUCGGAAAAUAAGUGCUUUCUUUCCGCCACGCAAGGUUGAAUUUGUAAUUAAUUUAGGUGAAUAUAGGCAUUUGAGACGUGAGCUAAACAGUUAGCCACAGUUAGCUUUCAUGUGUGGCGACAUUAAUUUGUGUUUUGCUCACUGACUUCAGUUACAGGUAACGUACGGUGCCUCUCUGCGAGCUAACUGUCACGACUUUUCUUUUAGUUUCCCAAUAGACUUAUCAAUAAAAUACAAUACAAGUAUGUGCUUUUUAGCAGCUAAUUAGUUAGUUUUAGCUCAGCUGCACUCAAUUUCAGUACAGAAAGUUAUGAUACAGAGUGAGAAACACAAACAACGCGGUGACGAGGAGGUAGUUAAAGAAUUGUGCAUGGUCAAUGGAGUCUCCUAUGAAAAAAUAGCUCAAGAAGGGAGUAAUAUCAGCUCCCUGGAGAUCUUCUUCUCUGGAUUUCCCCGCAUGGUUGGGCUCUCCUUCUUCCCAAGGCUCUGCCAACUUACCAUAGUAGGACAGAACAUAAAACAGAUUGAGGGUCUUGAGUGCUGUCCUCUGCUCCGAGAGCUCUGGGUAGUCCAGUGUCAUCUGACUGGAAUAUCCGGAUUGCAGAAUUGCCUUCAACUAGAGAAACUCUAUCUAUACGAUAAUCAAAUCUGUGAAAUAAAUAAUUUAGAAUUGCAGAUCAACGUAGAAGUCCUGUGGCUCAACAAUAACUGCAUAACACAGAUACAGGGCUUGAACACACUUCAAAACCUCAAAGAACUAAACCUUGCUGACAAUAAUAUUAAAAAGAUUGGGCAUCGCCUUGAUCCUAAUGUCAGCCUUCAGACUAUUAAUCUGUCCGGGAACAAGAUCAGCUCCUUUAAGGAGCUGACCCAGCUUGCCCGUUUACCCCAUCUGAGAGAACUGGCACUGAAGGACCCCACGUCAACCCCAAACCCAGUGUGUCUGCUGUGCAACUAUGCCACACACGUUCUUUACCACAUGCCGGGCCUCCAGCGUCUUGACACCUACGAAGUCUCGCGCAAGCAAGUCAAGGACGCAGCCGAGUCCACUGUAAUGAAGAAGAUGAUGUAUUACAACAUGCGUGUACGCACUGCUCAGAGGAAUCUGGCAGAGACCCGGUUCAGUCUUACAGAGAAGAAGAAAACUCUGUUGCAGUUACCUGAAGAAUGCAUCAGGACACUCAAUCACACCCUCAAAAAUCUUGAACGUGAGCUGUACAAGAGGCCGGCUGGUUGCAAGAAGUCUGCCUGCACAUUUGAAGAUGGACCUCCCCACCUGGUGGAAGGUUUAACUGACAGAAGUGACCCAACAACUGACAUCAGUUGUGAUCCCACCAUGGAGCACAAAAUACUCCGAAAGAUAGAAUUACUGAAGGAGAGGCUGAUGCUAUGGACCAGGAGACUGGAUGAAAUUGAAGUCUGGUAUGAGCGGGAUUUGGCCCGAGCCACAAACAGGAUGGAGUAUACUGUCCAGUUUCUGUUGAUGGAGCUAGAAAGUGUUGGAAAUAUUCGUUUGGAAGAAGGCUGCUCCACAGACCCAUGGUUUACUUCCUGUUGCGACCUCUUGCUUUCCCGCUUCUCUCAUUUGGACUACAAGAUUCACAGCAUCACUGGCAUUAGGAUCAAUAGAGUUAUCCGCAUCCACAACAGUGCUUUGAGGCUUUGCUUUGAGGACAGACUUCAUACCUUGCUAGCCAGUGAAGAGUCUGUUACCUUUUCACACAGGAAUUACAGACGGCGGCUGGAGCACUUGUUCCACAUUGCUGACCCUGAAAAAAGCAGUGAGAAGGACAACAUUUUGUCCAUUCUAGAGGAAGGCUUCAAAACGCCAGAACAAUUAAAGGCCUUGGGAAGAGAAGGUGCUAUACCUUUAUCCAAUAGCCUGAUUGUGACCGAACAGCCCAGGAUUGAGUAUACACUCAGCCAGACCCACCAAGGGUUGUCCAAGAACACUACAGACGCAAUCCCCUUCAGACAUGGGCAGAUUAUUGUCUGCAAAGUGUUUGUGGGUCACAGCGUGCCAAUCCGAGAGGGAGAACCGGUGGAUAGAAGCAGCUAUCCCAGAGCUUUCUCUGUGUAUCGCAAUGUGGACACUAAGCAUAGAACUGCAAUGAGUGAAGAGAGACCCCGCUCCUCCAAAACACACACUGGUUCUGAGUGCAGUCCCCGACGAAGACAGUGGUUUGUGUUUGACCAUGAGCUUGUCUUGCCUGAGUACAUCAUAUAUUUUGAAUACAUCACUGGGGACCGAGAACAUCCUGCAUUGUUGGGCCGUAACACAGACAGACAUGGUACUCCUUCCAAUGAUAUCAUCCUGGACAAGGAAGUCCUCAACAUGGACCCUAUGCUGAAACCACAGCCCAGGUUGUUGAGCUUGGAUGAGAAAAUUCUCCUUAAUGUGGCCAGAGCCAAUGUCCUCAGUCAGAUCACUGUGCUGAACCUCCACGGCAACAGUCUGAGCAAGAUAAAGGAGAUUUCCCGCCUCACAGCUCUGCGGCAUCUUACCAUCAGCUUCAAUGAGUUCACACGCCUGGAUGACAUUUCUCACAUGCCCAACCUUGAGUUUUUGGAUGCUAGCUAUAACCGCCUAGUGACCCUAGAGGGGCUGAGAGGGUUGGGGCAGCUCAAACAGCUUGACGUGCGCUGGAACAAGUUGACCAACGCCAGAGAGGAUACGGCUGUGCUGAGAAAACACACACCUGCCCUGCUGAAACUAGACACCCGAUACAACCCCUGGAACAGGUCGGAGGCAGUCAGAAUGACCGUACUGGGCCGUCUCAGGACUCUCACACACCUGGAUGAUGUGCUGGUAGCAGAGGAAGAGGCUGCUGAUGCUGUUCAGAUGGCUGCUGGGUCCAAGAUUAACCAGACAUCUCUUCUGGCUCACUCACGUACCAACAGUGAACGUCCUCGCAGUCUCAGUCUGCUGUCAACAGCCCACCUCCUGUGUCUACUCAGUCCAGCACCCUGGAGCCUCAGCCGAGACCUGGAGCCAGACUGGACCGCAAAGAUCACCACCCUGAACCUUGACAGCCAGAGGAUUUCUAAGCUGAUCAAUCUGAAUAAACUGGUCAACCUGCGUUGGGCUUCCUUUAACAAUAAUGACAUCUCUAAAGUGGAGGGGCUGGACAGCUGCGUGAAGCUGGAGGAGCUCCUCCUCAACAACAACAGCAUUAGCACACUCAGUGGCCUCUCAAACCUACACUGUCUAAAUAAACUGAGUCUGGAUGGAAAUCAACUCUCUAGUCUGGACGCCUCAGUCCUCGACCAGCUACCCAACAUGUCCUUUCUGUCUGUGGAGAAUAACUGUAUCACUUCCCUGCAUGGUAUCCAGAGAGUUCGCUCCCUUCUUGAGCUCUACAUCGGCAACAACCAGAUUUCUACAUCACGAGACAUCUACUAUCUGAAGGGAUUGACAAAUCUCAUCAUUUUGGAUCUUUAUGGGAAUCCUUUAGUGGAGAAACUAGAAAACUACCGGAUAUAUGUGGUGUUCCACCUGCCCUCCUUAAAAGCACUGGAUGGGGUUGCAGUGGAAGUGACUGAGUGUGAAAGUGCGAAGGACAUGUUUGGAGGACGCCUAACCACUGACAUGGUAGCAGAGAAGCUGGGCCACUCGAACUACAUAGACAUCACUUACCUCACCCUGCAGUCCUGCUCCAUAAGGAUGGUUGAUCUAUCCCCAGCUGACCUGUUCUGUAGCCUGCGCAGUGUCAACUUAGACCACAACAACCUCACCUCCUUCUCGGGCCUCAUCUACCUUCCCAACAUCAAAGCUCUGUGUUUAAACUACAACCACAUUGAGUCCAUCCUGCCCAGGCAGAAGACUCAUCUGACAAACAGACAGAUGCUAUACAGCAAAGUCCACUCCAGUGGUUACGGCCAACAAAGCCCAUCUAAAGGCAACAGGGAAGCUGGGCCCACUGGCAGCCUCGAGCCGCUGAUGGGCAGCUUGGAGGUGUUGCAUUUGAGUUACAAUGGCAUCUCCAAUAUGGCCAAUCUGCAGCUCAGCAGGCUCACCAAUCUUAAAGCACUCUUCCUUCAAGGUAAUGAGAUCAGCCAGGUGGAAGGCUUGGAGGGUCUUCACCAGCUCCGAGAGCUUGUGUUAGACAGGAACCGGAUCAAAGCCCUGGCUGAGAACUCUUUCAUAGCCCAGAGUGUCCUGCUAGAACUGCACCUAGCAGAGAAUCGGAUCCGGGAGCUCAACCAUCUAGAUCCUCUGACGGAACUCCGCAAGCUCUUCCUCAGCAUGAACAAGCUGCAGGACAUCACAGAGCUCGACAAACUAGAAGUUCUUCCCUCGCUGACCGAGCUCUCUGUUGUUGGCAAUCCUGUGGCCCGUAAUUCUCUCCACAGGCCAGCAGUUGUGCUUCGCCUGUCACGGUUGCAGGUCCUGGAUGGAGUGAUGGUCACACUGGAGGAAAGGACCAGAGCUGAACUCCUCAGUGCAGAUGCAUCACCAUGGCCCCAAUCCCCCGGAGCGUCUCUUCCUGCUACUGAAAUAAACCUACCUGGACUUCUACCCCUCAUGCCUCGUAACACCCCUCUAAGAGGAAUGAGUAUGAGUGGAGGACUGCAGAACUUUAUGCAUGGCCACGAUAUCCUUCCAAGUAACAUGGACGAGGCCCAACCUCAUUACACAUACAAGUACAAGAAGCACAAGCACAGUAAUGCUGCUCGAAGCGGCCAAAGUGACAUUACUUUCAGACAUAUCCGAAGAACAGGAAGCAACCUGCCAACCGCAGGUCUCCUUCUGGAUGGGAACAGAGUCAUCAUCACAUAUCCCAACCAGGAGCAAGACAGCAGAUUCCCAAAUGAUGGUAAACAUCCACCCAUGUAGCUGCCAGAAGAUACUCCGUGUCAAUCAGUACACAAUCCAAAGGAUGAGAGGUUUUGAUGUCAUUUCUAGUGCUAUCCCAUCCUUGGCCCAAAACAAGUGAAAAAACACCCACAGAUGUAAGGGCGUGUGAGGCUGGCAUGUUGCAUCCAUCGGGUCAAAUGCAUCCCCAACAAGUGGAUAAUCCAGCUUUAGCACACCUCUCUGCGGACAAUAAUCUGCAAUCACUCAGAUAAAGAUGUAAUCUUGAAUGAGGUCCAAAUGGAUUUCAGAGAUUGUCAGUUUCAUCAUGUUAGCCUCUUUUCGAAAAGCCCACCGCGGUUUCGCCUCUAAUAGGCAAAUCUCAUGUGUUGUAACUGGAAAUGAACCAGUCACCCACUCCACUCGACAUUUAUGAUGUUAGUUCUGCUGCACAUGAGAUUAUAAUCCUCCCUGACAUCCUUUCAGUUUAGUCUAGUAGUCCUGUAGAAACACCAGUAUGAUCCUCACAGUAAAUGUGGAAGAUAUGACGUGUACUAUGUGAUCAAAAACCUUUUCAUUCUGGGACCUCUAAUAAAUGUAUGGUGAAAAUAUUUAGAUAAUAUGACAUUCAUUCUCAUCCAUCAACUGAGGCAUGAAUAUCAUAAUGCAGAGAAAGAAAGCCGUUCUCACUGUCACUGUGCAGACCGCUCUUACCAGUCUGAACAACCUUUUGUUAAGUUAAAUUACUGUCUUACUUUUCCUGAAACCUGUACUUUUUUGUGUGCCUAGAAGACACACAUAAUUUAGCUGGGACCCAGUCUUAGAUAAUAUUCUCUAUGUCCUAAAUUGUAAAUGAAACAACACCAAAAGCAAAGAAAUCAGCAUUUCAUCAAAGGACACCACUUUGAAUUGGUUUACGAGUUGUAAUAUUGAAGGUAAAAGAAGCAACAUUUCCUUUAAUGUUCCUUCCACGAACCUCAGCUGCGGAGUUUAUGCAUCAGUGAUGUCAGUGUGACCACUAGGUGUCCUUAGAGCUCCAUUAGCUCUCCCUGUAUGACACUGCUAACCAGCCAUCAAUGAAUUCACCUUUAGCCCUGCAGGUAAUAAUUUAUCAGUGGAAGACGGAUCUGUGUAUUUGUGUUUCUUGUCUGUGUAGCCUUUGAUGAACAUGUUAGGCAACAUCCAGUUCUAGGCAGCAAAAGUGAAAAGCUCUCCCCAAACAAGCUUCUCUAAUGCAUGUACUUAACUUCACUUAAUUUGUGUUAAUUCCCAGCAUUAAGCGGGGCUAAUGACUGUGCAAGUGAGUGCACUGUCAUUACCUUGCUCUGCCUGACAUCAAAUGGCAUCUGAUGGACUCACACUGAAAAAAAAAAAAAAAAAGAAACUAAUGCACAGAUUUGGGGGCUCAGUGAGAGUGCUCUAAUGCAUUAGGUAUUGCAAAGGAUAAUUACACAUUUUAUAUUUGUGUACAGUAUGUGCAGUAUGGAUAUGUUAGAAGUAUUAAUGUUUUUAAUGCAAUUGUAUGUCUAUGUAGAGUAAGCGUAUAGUGAGUAUACCACCUCAUACAGUAUGUUUCUCUUUGCAUAUCUGUCAGUAUUUCUAACAUUAAAAUGACAUUAGCAUAAAGAUUGUGAAUAAUUCAUCAGUUCUGAGUGAACCCAGAUGCACUGCUUUCUCUGUCUAUCUCCCUCCCUCUCUCUCCUCGCUCCUCCAUGUGAGCAGACCACAUGGUUCGUAGCCGGUUUAAUGGGAUGGAAUGUGACAGGUUAUGUUUUCAUCUGCCUGAUAUGGAGCCCGGCCCGGGUGGGAGGAGGACAAGAGGGAGAAAGAGAGAUGGGGGGAAGAGGGGGGAGAAAGACGGUGAGGGAGUUGGUCUCUGCUGUUGUAAUCUGGAUUCAUAAUUAGAUGUGUUUGUGCUUGUCGUGAAUCAGUUAGAGAUGAUGCUCUCCCCCCCCCCCCCCCCCCCC